CUUUCUAUAAGAAGAUGGAAGAAUGUAGGCUCAUUGAAAUUGUUCCUUUGAUAUGCAUCUUAAUUAUCUAGGACCAGUAUCCUGUUUUUUUCCAUCUUGAGUUCCACCUAGGGCACACAAACCCUCUGGGCAGCUGCAACGUAGGAUGGCUUGAGGGAUGGCCAUAAUCCAUUGUCUACCAGAAUGGCAGGCAAAGUUCUUUGCUUGCCGAAAUGGCAGGCAACAUUCUUUGCCCACACCGGGAAGCAAGAGAACCAGCCAGGCUCUUCUCAAGAGGAUGUAAAUUUAAAAGUCAGGAGGAAAAGAAGGUGAGAGACGGGAGAAGAGGGCAACCCUGGUAGGACAGAGAGGAGGCUGAGAACGCUGGGUGUUAAGUCAGACUAACAGGGUGGACAGCUGUAAACCAUCAGCAUUCUCACUUUACACCUAAGGAAACUGAGCCCCAGGGGACUGCGAGAGGGGCCCGCGGAAGGAAGAAACUUAAGGGAAAGACAGUUGGAACUUCGAGUUUUCAGGCCGUACCCAGAGCGCCCCAAAACCGCAUAGGCGGGGAUUUUCCGCACCUGGGGCUCCCGCUUGUCGCUCACGCCCCGCCUCUCCUAUUGCUUAUUGGUCCUUUCGGGCACGAGACCAAUACAGGAGUCAGCCAAUGGGAGUGGCCCACGGCGCGUCUUUCCCGGGAAAGCGGAGGCAGAGCGGGAACCCGGAAAUGCGAGGCGCAGACAAAUUGAGGAAGCCAAUACGCUGCGAAGAGGAUGGCGGGCCGGCCAAUGGAGAGUCGCCGAGGGCGGGGCCACGGGCUGACGGCAAAGGUCUCCGGAGCCGGCGGCUAGCCGAGACUGCGAGUGCUGAGAAGGCGACAGCAGAGCAGGGCCCGGUAGUGGCGCGAGGUUGUCUGGGAAUUGACUUGCUCUCUGUGUAUCAGUUUCUCUCGUCUGUAAAGUGGAGCCUAGGGGCUGCUUUCCUCCGUGAGGUGGUGAGGGAUCCUGCCACUGUGGACAUGUGCAAGGGGCCCACCCCUGGGUCCAGAUGACACUCAUGUCGAUGGCUUCAGUGAUGGCAGUGACUGAACCAAAAUGGGUCUCAGUCUGGGGCCGCUUCCUGUGGGUGAUACUGCUGAGCAUGGCGCUGGGCUCCUUGAUGGCCCUGCUGCUGCCGCUGGGGGCCAUGGAGGAGCAGUGUCUGGCUGUCCUCAAAGGCUUCUACCUGCUCAGGAGCAAGUUGGACAGGGCCCAGCCUACUGUCACCAAGUGCACCAGACCAUCCACGGAGCUCAGUGUCACCUCCAGGGAUGCAGCACCGCUGGUGGUCAAGACCAAGGCCUCUGCAGCCAGCAAGUUAGAAGCUAAAGCAGCUUUGAACCAAGCCCUGGAAAUGAAACGCCAGGGCAAGCGGGAGAAAGCCCACAAGCUCUUCCUGCACGCCCUCAACAUGGACCCGGGCUUCGUGGACGCGCUCAAUGAGUUCGGCAUCUUCUCAGAAGAGGACAGGGACAUCAUCCAGGCUGACUACCUGUACACCAGAGCACUGACCAUCGCGCCCCACCACAAGAAGGCGCUGGUCAACCGCGACCGCACGCUGCCGCUGGUGGAGGAGAUUGACCAGCGGUACUUCAGCAUCAUCGACAGCAAAGUGAAGAAGGUCAUGUCCAUCCCCAAGGGCAACUCGGCACUGCGCCGGGUCAUGGAGGAGACGUACUACCACCACAUCUACCACACAGUGGCCAUCGAAGGCAACACUCUCACCCUCUCAGAGAUCAGGCACAUCCUGGAGACCCGCUACGCCGUGCCGGGGAAGAGCCUGGAGGAGCAGAAUGAGGUCAUCGGCAUGCACGCGGCCAUGAAGUACGUCAACACGACGCUGCUCUCCCGCAUCGGCUCUGUCAGCAUCAGCGACGUGCUGGAGAUCCACCGGCGGGUGCUGGGGUACGUGGAUCCCGUGGAAGCUGGCCGCUUUCGCACGACCCAGGUCCUGGUGGGCCACCACGUCCCGCCCCACCCUCAGGAGGUGGAGAAGCAGAUGCAGGAGUUCAUACAAUGGCUCAACUCGGAGGACGCCAUGAACCUGCACCCGGUGGAGUUUGCGGCCCUGGCCCACUAUAAACUCGUCUACAUCCACCCCUUCAUCGACGGCAACGGCAGGACCUCGCGCCUGCUCAUGAACCUCAUCCUCAUGCAGGCGGGCUACCCGCCCAUCACCAUCCGCAAGGAGCAGAGGUCCGAGUACUACCACGUGCUGGAGGUGGCCAACGAGGGCGACGUGAGGCCGUUCAUCCGCUUCAUUGCCAAGUGCACGGAGACAACCCUGGACACCCUGCUCUUUGCCACCACAGAGUACCCUGUGGCACUGCCAGAGGCCAGACCCAACCACUCUAGGUUCAAGGAGACGCUGCCUGUGAAGCCCUAACGCUCUAAAUCCUCCCUUGGUGGCAAAGGAUGUCCCGGGG